CGCUCGCAAGUGGUCAAUCAUGUAAACUUUGUUGGCAUAUUCAAUAUUUAAUCAAUUAUUUUAAACACUUAAGAGAUAACAACAACUAUUUACAUUACAUCAUAUUAAAAUAUUAUUUCAAAAUAAAAUUGCAAUCAGUAUCUACAAAUUUAUUUUAAAUAUGUGAUAAUCAUGUGUUUUUAAAGAGGUUAAGUGUAGCUCAUGUUUGAAAUUCAAGUUAAUUAAUAUUUAAAAAGAAGUUAAAUGAUAAAGAAUGGCAGAAAUACCAUUGAGUUUAGCAGAAAAAACGUUUAUACUUCACGGUGUAGACGCUAAUUUUCGAAAUGACGGUCGAUGCCGUAUAGAUUAUCGAUCUAUGGAGUUGGAAACAAAAUUAAUGGAUCAAGUUCAUGGGUCUUCUAGGAUACGAAUUGGAAAUACCGACGUUCUUGUGGGAGUCAAAGUAGAAAUUGAUACACCUUAUCCAGAUAAUCCUUAUGAAGGAAAAAUUGAAUUUUUUGUUGAUUGUUCAGCAAAUGCUACACCAAUUUUUGAAGGAAAAGGUGGUGAAGAUUUAGCAAAUGAAAUCAGUAAUGUUCUUGCACUAGCUUAUCAAUCACCUGAAGCAUUGGAUUUGUCCCAACUUUCUAUACUGCCUCAUAAAAAAUGUUGGAAGCUCUUUGUAGAUAUUUUAAUUCUUGAAUGUGGAGGUAAUUUGUUCGAUGCAGUUGCGUUAGCUGUUAAAGCAGCUCUAUUCAGUACAGAAAUUCCUAAAGUAAAAGCUGCGACACUAGAUGGUGGUGAAGCUGAUAUUGCACUGUCUGAUGAUAUAUAUGAAAGUAUAAAAUUAAAUACUACAAAUUGUCCAUUACUUGUUACUUUAUGCAAGAUAGGAGACAAUUGUGUAGUUGAUCCAUCAUCUGAAGAAGAGAUGUGCAGUAGUGCCAGUACAGUUAUUUCAGUUAUGCCAAAUGGAAAAAUAUCUUCUAUAAUUAAAAUAGGCUAUGGAAGUUUACAACCAUCCACACUAAGUAAAACAUUGGAGAUGGGUACAAAUAUAGGUAUUCGUUUGAAUGAGAGCCUUAUAUCGGCUUUAAAAAGUGAAGAAAAUCUUGGACCCAAUCGUCCUAUUAUUGGAUUUUUAAGGUGAAUUAUUUUAA